AUGGCUGAACUACGCUCUGACAAGGUGCCGGCCUUUCGUGAAUAUGCCAUAGAAGAAACCCGCCGAGAUUCCCUGUCACAGAGCCCGUCCACCGACGAGACCGGCUGGCCGUUACCCCUCCGCUCCCUGCAGAGGCCGCUCAACCCCAGAUCAAAGGCCCUGUCAACCGACUGCAUCCCACGACAGACGAUCCUGAAGGCGCUGGCCUCCCGGCCGCUGACCAUCAGCAAUCCCAACACUUCCACCAGUUCCCUGACGAACAUGUUGGCAAAUAAAUCCCAGGCUUCCCCGCCCUCCGACGAUCGCCGACGCGGAAGCAAUGCCUCCCAAACCCUCUCAACGGCGCUGUCCAACCUCCAAUUGAGCGGGUAUCUCGAUAGGUCGCCGGCCACUGCACGACUGGUGCUGCAAUCCCCAUGUUAUUUCCAUCAGCGAUUUGACGACGCCGUGAAUAUUAAGAAGGUCCUGGAGGAAAUCGCCGACGAUGAGUGGCUUUCGCACUCCCGCCUGGUUCAGACGGCGACCGGCGUGCGAGAAGUGUCGAAGCAGCUGCAGCGCCGACCGAUCAAAAGGGCCGUCCGGAACGUCAUGAUUGUCACCAAGGCCCGGGAUAACAGCCUGGUGCACCUAACGCGAGAAGUGGCCGAGUGGCUGCUCUCCACCCCCCGAUACGGCAGCAAACUCGGAGUGAAUGUAUAUGUCGAUGCGAAACUGCGAAAUUCCAAACGCUUCGAUGCGCCCGGCCUGUUGCAGAAAGAUCCCCUGUUCGCCCAAAUGCUCCAUUUUUGGACCCCGGACCUGUGUUGGUCCUCCCCGGACAAAUUCGACCUGGUGCUCACCCUCGGCGGCGACGGCACCGUGCUCUUCACUUCGUGGCUCUUCCAGCGCGUGGUACCACCCGUCCUCUGCUUCUCGCUGGGAAGCCUAGGCUUCCUCACAAACUUCGAAUUCUCCGACCACAAAUCCCAGCUCAACGCCGUGAUGGGCGAGGUCGGCAUGCGCGUAAAUCUACGCAUGCGCUUCACCUGCACCGUCUUCCGCCGAGACCGGAGCAAAAGCGCAGAGCUGAAUGCCGUGGAAGAAGGCGAGCAGUUUGAAGUGCUGAACGAGCUCGUCAUCGACCGCGGCCCGUCGCCUUACGUCUCCAACCUGGAGCUGUACGCCGAUGACGACCUUCUCACCGUUGUUCAGGCGGACGGCUGCAUCUUCUCGACCCCGACGGGCUCCACGGCCUAUUCCCUUUCUGCCGGUGGCUCUCUCAUGCACCCCUCUAUCCCCGGGAUCCUCCUCACCCCCAUAUGCCCUCACACCCUCUCUUUCCGCCCGAUGGUCCUUUCAGACUCCCACCUCCUUCGCAUCGCGGUUCCAAACUCCUCCCGCUCCACGGCCUACUGCUCCUUCGAUGGCAAGGGCCGUGUCGAGCUCCGUCAAGGCGACUACGUCACCGUCGAGGCCAGCCAGUACCCCUUCCCAACAGUCGUCUCAAACAACAACGAAUGGUUCACCAGUGUCCAGCGCGCUCUGCGCUGGAACACCCGGGGCGCGAUUCAGAAAAGCUGGGACGGUGAUGCUGACGCCGAAGACGGCGACCACGAAGACGAGCAAUGGGACAUUGAUACCGAUGCCGGGCUGGCCGGGACAGAUAGUGGCAUCGGCCCCAGUGAAGAUGGAGACGCGUUUUCUCCCAACCCCAUGCGCCGACAAAUGAGCAUGCUCAGUAUGUGA